UCUGCGGAUUUACUCUUCAGACUUUCUCGAGCUUUUCCACUGCGGAAUAUCCUCACAGCCUUCAUCAUGACUUUUGAGGAGGUCCUGAUCCAGAAACCCACCGAGCGUGCUCAGUGCGCCGGCACUGCCCUCGAGGAGGUCCUGGUGACCGCCAAAGACAACGACUCCCUCACCGUUGGUGUCUACGAGUGCGCAAAAGUUAUGAACCUAGACCCGGACAGUGUGUCUUUCUGCGUCCUGGCCAUGGAUGAGGAGUUUGAGUGUGAUAUCGCCCUCCAGAUCCACUUCACCCUCAUCCAGUCCUUCUGCUUCGACAACGACAUCAGCAUCGUCAGAGUGAGCGACAUGCAGCGUCUGGUGGAGAUUGUUGGGGACAAGGUGGAACAGUUUGAAGAUGCGCACUGCGUCCUCAUCACGAACCCGGCUGACGGGUCUUGGGAGGACCCUGCUCUGGAGAAGCUGCACCUGUUCUGUGAGGAGAGCAGGCGUCUGAACGACUGGGUUCCUGAGAUCAGCCUCCCCGAGCGCUGAUCUGGGACCUGCUCCUCACUUGCUCAGAUGCUGCAAAGCUUCUUAUCUGGAAAUACCCAUCCUGAUGGACAGGAUGGACCUGUUUCUGCUCAUCCCUGGAUACUCCUGAGGAGGAUUCCCGUCCAGGCAGCACGGCGCCGGCCCGAGGGGCCCCCGUGAACCGUCGCCUCUUGUCCCGUCCAUGCCAAGAUGACUCUCAUUCUUUAUGUGAAUGAGGUCGGGCAUGCCACAAGAUCGACGCAUCGACCCUCAUUCUUUGUGCGGAUGAGGUUUGGAGAGGAAGGAGAAGCGAGUUCUGCGUCCUGUGGUUCCACAGAGCAAAUGUCGCACGUUGAAGCACGCGCAGCAGGAGAAGAAGCGGUGCUGAGAGAGAGGCCUUCUUAGAAAGAGACUUUUUAAGGAUGUCCUCUUUGCUGAGCAACAUGACAUCAGUUGCAGUCAGCGGAAAUGUUUCCCACUUUCCAGAAUUGUCUUAAUUCUCUAAAGGUUUCACUUUAGAAAUUUAAUAAUGACAAAAUAUUCUAAGACAUAUAUAGAAAACAACAAAAUGUCUAUAUUCUAAAGGUUUCACUUUAGAAAAUGGCUCAAUUAACUUAACGUCAUGAGAAUUUGUUAGAUUAUCCUAUAAAUAUUUUACUAUGUAGCCUGUAGUGAAAACAAAUAUUUAAAGAAAAUAAAAUUUGACUUAAUGUGUUUGAUCUUUUUGAGGCAAUGCUGGAAACUAACUUGGUGUUAACUUAUCAGCUGUUUCAAACAUUAUUGGAAGCUGUAAGUGGAAAAUACUCAAUAAAACUUGAAAGAUGAA